UCAUCAUCAUCAUCUUCAUCAUCAUCAACAGGACAAUUGACAACACAUUGGAGCACUCGGAAGAUGACCACUCGAUCGGCCACACACGCUGGCUCAUGGUAUCCAGCAUCCAAGACUCGGUUGGAGGACGACCUGAAGGGCUGGUUGAGCGAUGCCCACGCCAACGAACAGCCGGUCAAUCACGCCCAGGCUUGGAAAUCGGUUUGCAUGCCCGUCCCGAUCAAAGACUGUCGAGCUAUCAUUGCCCCACACGCUGGUUACAGCUACUCCGGACGAGCCGCUGCUUGGGCUUACAAGCUCAUCGAUACAGAUCAAAUAAAACGGGUCUUCAUCCUUGGUCCUUCGCAUCACGUCUAUCUGGACUGCUGUGCGCUGUCGAAAUGCACCCAAUACGCAACCCCACUAGGCGAUCUACCGAUCGAUACUUCCAUUAACGAAGAGUUAAAAGCCAAGAACCGGUUUGGUGAAAUGAGUCUUCAGACGGACCAGGAAGAACACAGCAUAGAACUGCAUCUCCCGUACAUCCGGCACAUCUUCAAAAACCACGACAUCAAGAUCGUUCCGAUCUUAGUAGGCUCGAUCACGUUUGCAGAAGAGCUCGAAUACGGUGCUCUAUUGGCACCUUACCUAGCCGAUCCGGAGAACCUAUUUGUGGUUUCCAGCGACUUUUGUCAUUGGGGGACACGAUUUUCAUAUACCUAUUACCAAGAUCCACGUUCGACUGAGCCGGCCAAACGACUGAGUCCAGGCUCUCCACCGCCGGAAUAUCCGAUCCACCAGUCGAUCGAGAAUCUCGACAAAGAGGCCAUCGAAGCCAUUUCUCUUCAGGACCCCAGCCAGGCUCAUGAGACAUUCAAAGGGUAUCUCAAACGGACAAAAAACACGAUCUGUGGUCGCCAUCCGAUCGGCGUCCUCUUAGGCUCCAUGAUCAAGCUUCAGCAGACCCGCUCGACUCCUCCUCCGCCUCAACAACAGUUACAGCUUGUUCGCUAUGAACAGUCUAGUCAAUGUUUCACUCUCAGUGAUAGUAGUGUCAGCUACGUCAGUGCUUUUUUAAGACUCCCAGCUUGACUUCGCUUCUCUCUUUUCUUUUUUCAAAGAA